AUGUCUGCCGAGGGAACAAACUUCGUGACCGUGAGAUCACUGCUGCCAACAUCACCGCUCCCCCCAAACAGUGAGCGGGCCACAGUGACAACGCAUCGCCUGAUCAUCCGGGCUCUUCAAGCAACAGACCUGGAAGCAUUAUACGCGUUGCGAAGGCAAGAGGAUGUCAUGCAAUGGACAGCGGCCGGUCGUAUUGACCGAUAUAUCGAGGAAACUCGAUCAAAGUUGAAUCUCUUCUUGCCGCCAAAUGACGCGGCCUCCUUCAAUUGCGCUAUCUGUUUAAAAGAAACGGGCGAAUUCAUCGGUGUCGGAGGCUGUCACCUUUUCCUGCGGCGCAUGGAUGGCCAGAAGUUGGAUAUAUGCUUCGACAGGAAUUUUGGGGCCGUGGAUUGGGGUCUGAGUUUCUCAGUGCAUGGCUAA